GCAUUGUAAACCCACACGUCAACACAAUUUUUUGACAUUUCUCUUAUUUAAACGAAAAUUAAUUUCUUUUGUAUAAAACAUGUCUCAGUGUUGACUUUGCACACCUCCACAGUCCGCCGUCUCCCCAAUUCACCCACUGCCCCAAAAUGGCAAGUCCCCGAACCCGCCGCGUUUUGCAAGAACUCAAGCCCCACAACGAGAACGAUAAAUGCUUCGAAUGCGGCACGCACAACCCCCAGUGGGUCUCCGUCACCUACGGCAUAUGGAUCUGUCUCGAGUGCUCCGGCAAGCACCGGGGGCUGGGGGUGCACUUGUCUUUCGUCCGCUCGGUCACGAUGGACAAGUGGAAGGACAUAGAGUUGGAGAAAAUGAAAGUGGGGGGCAACCGGAACGCGCGAGUUUUUUUCGAAGCGCAGGACGAUUGGGACGAUCAUAUGAGCAUCCAGCAGAAGUACAACACGAAAGCGGCCGCUCUUUACCGAGACAAGAUCGCGGCUUUGGCUCAGGGGAAGGCCUGGGAUGAGAAAUCGUCACCGGCUCAGAACUACACAGGGAGUUUGAUUAGCAACACUAGUAGUUAUAAUAACACAAGUAGCAAUUCGUAUUCGAACGCCUCCACGUACCAGAACUCCGAGUCGUACCAAGGGGGCUAUCAGAACUACACCUCGCCCGAGUUCAAAGACCAGAAGGAGGCGUUUUUUGCGAAAAAACAGGCCGAGAAUGCGAAUCGAAGAGGGGAUUUACCGCCAAGUCAAGGGGGGAAGUACAGUGGUUUUGGGUACACGAUGGAGGCGCCCCCUCGUAGCCAAUCGCAGGAGUUCGUCGAUACGGCCAUGUCGUCUUUAGCUAGUGGUUGGUCCUUCUUGUCGUCUUCGGCGAGCAAGUUGGCGAGUAAAGCGACCGAAAAUGCCGUCAAAUAUGGCGGACUUGCCACACAGAAGGUAGUUGAUAUUAGCUCACAUGUAGGCGAAAAGGUAAAAGAGGGUUCUUUGUUAGAAGAUGUGGGAACACAAAUAACUAGCCUCACAAAUAAGAUGGGCGAGUUGGGUCGCAAGGGUUGGCGCGAAGUCUCUGGUAGUGGUAACGCAGGCGACUACCAUUCCGGUGGUUAUGGGCAAGUUGGUGGCGAAAACUACCAUUCACCUGGCGAGAAAUCCUCGUUGGUGAGCAGUGGCAAUGGUUACGUCCGGGACGAAGACUGGAGUUGUAGCAGUCAACAGGGUUCAAAGGCGUCUAGUCCCAAGUCGCCUGGCCAGAACUGGGACGGCAGUUGGGGUGGUUACCAGAGCGACCAUCAGGGCUACCAAUCCGACUCUAGGGACUUUUCCUCCCCCACGUCACCCACAGGCGCAAAAUCGAGCAAAAAAGAGAAGAAAACAAAAGAGAAGAAAGCCAACUGGGACGAUAAGUGGGGGGAUGACGAGCUGUGGGAAAGCCUCAACAAGUAAAAUUGUGACCAAUUAGACCAAUUAAUUAUUCGCAUCGUGGGUGUUCAUGACGUUGUUAUUUCAAUUUUUUAGCUCAAUGUUUACGGUUUAUUUACUUUAUUUUUAUCAUUCAAUGUUGUUACAUUAUAACUGUUGCUUAUACCGGUACCAAAAGUGAGAUUAUUUAUUUUUAACGGACUUAAACGACUUCCAGCUUGGUCACAACGCGCGAACAUGCAUUUAUUGUCCAGUUGUUGUUACUGUAAAUAUUCCUUGUAGCUAUAGGCUAUUAUUAACUGAAACAUUUAUGUAAAGUAUGAUUAAUUCGAAAUUUCAAGACAAAUAAACAUUAUUUUACUCA